UCAUGGCACAAAGGAUGUUUCAAAUGUCAGGUGUGCAAUAUGACACUAAAUAUGAAAAACUACAAGGGCUAUGACAAACUGCCAUAUUGCAAUGCACAUUAUCCACAGACAAAACACACAGCUGUAGCUGACACACCCGAGUCCAGAAGAAUAGCAGAAAAUACAAAAAUACAAAGUAAUAUAGAGUACCGCAGGGAGUUUGAGGAGAGCAAAUCUCGAUAUUACCAGGUCACCGAUACCCCGGAGAUGAAAACCAACCUCCGAAACACGCAAAAUAUUAGUAUGAUCAAAUACCAUGCAGAAUAUGAGAAACAGAAGGGUAAGAAAAUCACUGUGGCGGAUGAUCCAGAAACCCAGCGUGUACGUCACAACAUGGACGUGAUUAGCAACGUCAGUUACCAUGGUGAUAGAGAAAGAAGGAACCAGAUGGAGAUGGCAAGGCCAGCUGAGCAAGUUGAAGGUCAGUACGGGCAACAAUCACAAUCAGGGAGACGAACGUCGGAUUCCGGCGCAGGUUUGUGAUUGAUUAUAGGGGCUAUAGCAUCAUUAACUGUCUCUUAUUUUAUCCCUCAUACAGUAAUAUUAUAUUCUAUAUGCUUCCAAUGUUUAUAGAAAAAAAUAUAAACAUUCAGUGUUCAAGCUAGAAAUGGAGAAAUGCUUGUUUACCAAAACCUCUGUGUUCCUAUUUUGAAAUAUUUUUUAAAAAGACUGAAUCAUUGUCAAAUAAAAAUUUGACAUAGAAUAUAUUUAUCUUUAAAAUCUCUGUAUUUCUAGCUUUGGGACAUUUAUGAUAUUGCCUAUAAUUAUACAUUAUUCUACACUACAGGUGUAUAGGUUAAAGUAACUGUACAUUUUAACAUCAGGGAUUCAUGAAAUUAACAAGAGCUUUUUACAGUGUUUUGUUGGAAUUUUCAGCAUUGCUGGUUGCAGGAGUCAUUUUAAUUAACCCAUGACUAACAUCAUAAAAAAACAAAUUUCAUUGAAACUUUAACAAAUUAAAAUUUUUGUUUUGUCCCUACAGUACUUCAAUGCACUUUAGUAUACAAACAAUAAUAUCUUUAAGCAGAGGACAGUAUAGGAAAGAUUUGGGAACUAACUAUGGUCACAUCAGUUUGACUAGACAGUGCAAAAAAUCUGAACUUUCAAAAGUUUUAGUCAAUCAUCAAAACUGGACCUGCAUUGUGCAUCAGACAGUUAAAGCCAAACAAUUGUUUGUGCCCGAACCUUGCAAUAAUUAGAGCCAUGUCAGACUGUCUUGUAACCAGGUUGUGCAGACUGGCCUGGCUUUGCACUUUUUGCAUCAGGCUGAUAUUGUCACUAAUUUUUCAAAUGGUUGACCUUUAUUUGAUUUGUCAUGGACAUGAUU